CUGAAUUUCAGAAUACUGUGUAAACUAUUAUUGUUAUUGACGUUGUUAUGUGUGUACUUCAGUAUAAUUUAUGGAAGUGAUGGAAAAAUAUGUAUUGAUUGUGUUGUUGACGUGCUAUUUUCAAUAUUCACUUGCAAAUGAAAUUAGAAAUGUCUCUGUUUUCGAAGACAACUCUGAUGAUGUGGAGUGUCGAGAAUAUCAUUCCAUCAAAAAUUCAUCGGAUAUUUGCAAUUUUGUGAAUUCUACUGAUGACUGUAAAAUGGAUGAAGGUUUUUUUGAUUAUAUAUUAUAUGCUUUGUGUGACGUGAAACCUAAUUUACUGCCUGCAGUUUACGUCUUAUAUAUUAUCUGGCUACUUUACCUUUUUAUUGCUCUGGGAACAACAGCUGAGAGUUUUUUUUGUCCGUCUUUGGAGUUUAUUGCCAACAACUUGAAGCUGAGCCAAAAUAUAGCAGGUAUAACAGUUGUUGCUUUCGGUAACGGAGCUCCAGAUAUCUUCAGUGCAAUUGCAGCUUUCACUAAUUCAAAUCCAAGCUCUUCUGGUGUAGCCAUAGGAGCUUUAUUGGGUGCUGGAAUAUUUGUUACUACUGUGGUAGCUGGAUCAGUCGCAAUCACCAAACCAUUUGAAUUAGCGAAACGUCCGUUUCUACGAGAUGUCACUUUCUAUCUUGCUACUGUAUUUUGGACAUUUUGUUUGCUUUAUAAUGGGAAGAUUGAUUUACCUAAUUCCAUAGGGUUUCUGCUUCUUUAUAUUUUUUAUGUCAUUGUUGUUCUUGUUGGCCGUUAUGUCAAUCAAAAAUUAAGAAAAAGAAAUGCAAACAAUAACCAAGGUAAACAGUAUGAUGAAACAUCACCUCUCAUAAAUGAGCCUGAUGAUGACCCUGUCGUAAUAUUAGGGCCCACCGAUGAAGAGGGUGACUGGGUUGAACAACCAUUACGAGCUGCCCAUGAACAUGACAAAAUAAUAGAUGAAGAAUUGCUGAAUCAUGCUGUAGAUACGCAUCAUCAUAAACAUGAUCACCAAGAAGUAACAGAAUCUUCUGACAGUGGAUCUGACACAUCUGAGGACAUUGCUGUUGCUUAUUCAAAAUUUGGAAAAGCUUGGAAAUUAAUUAAUCCUAUUUCUAGCAAAGAUUGGAGAAAAAUGUCAUUUCUUGUUAGAUUCUUAGUAAUUUUACAGGUACCUAUCAAGUUUAUGUGCAAUAUAACAAUACCAGUUGUGAGUUCUGAUCCCAAAGUAAAUGACUGGAGUAGGAUACUAUCUUGUAUACAUUGUAUAACUUCGCCAAUGUUCUGUGUUGUGGCAGCAAAAGGUGCUUCGGUGAAAGUGGGAGCGUUACCACUGUGGGCUUUAUUUCUGAUCAUUGGUGCAACUCUUGCUGUUAUUGUUCAUUUUACAUCGGAAGAAAUGAAGAGGCCGAAAUAUUACUGGGCUUUCGCUUACCUCGGUUUCAUAGCAUCGGUAAUCUGGACUUACUGUAUUGCAAAUGAAAUCGUCAAUUUACUGCAAACAUUUGGAGCACUUUGGGAUGUUUCCAACGUGAUUAUGGGCCUUUCAUUACUCGCAUGGGGAAAUUCAAUAGGUGAUUUGGUAGCGGAUGUAACUCUGGCAAAACAAGGUUUCCCAAGAAUGGCAAUUUCUGCAUGCUUCGGUGGACCAUUCUUUAAUUUGAUUAUAGGAAUAGGUUUACCGUGUACAAUUGCAACAAUAACAAAUGGACAUCCUAUAUUGAUCAAAUUCACUUUACUUGAAGCUACAUUAGUUGGAAGUCUUCUGUUUUCUCUCUGUUUCUCAUAUAUUGUUGUACCAAUACGUGGAUUUCAAAUGACCAAAAUAUACGGAAUCAUUUUAAUAGUUAUUUACAUUGUUUACUUACCGUUAGCAAUUCUUGCCGGUACUGGGGUAAUUUAGUACCAAUUUUUUUCAUGUGGCAGAAUAAUUUUGUGUUAUGCACAUUAUGUACAAAUACCUUUAUUACAGAAUAUUCUGUAUUUUAAUUGAGUGGUGAAUUUAAUUUAAAGUUCAUCAUGGACUUUACCUCAAGGUGAGAAAUUUUGUACUUGUUACGUAUAGAAAAGUGUGAAUAGAAUAUAUGCCAGUCACAUGACCAAAAAGAUAGAAGGUUCUGUUAAAUAGAGGUAGCUGGAGAUUGAGAAACAUUUAUCUUGACCAUAUAAGUAAAAGACCUAUUUUUUUUUUUGGAAAUUCAUGGCAUAAAAAUAUUGACAAAAUGGCAAAAAAUUGAAUUUUUUCUUAUGUCGAAGUAGACAAUCAAUUCACGUUGCAAGAUUAAGAAAAACGGUACUUCAUUCACUCCACUGAUUCAAUACACAUUUCCUAUCACUAGCUAGCUAGCUACCUCUUUUCUACAGUUCGACAGGAUCUCAUAUCUCACUCAUUGUGCAUGCCAAUUUCAGCAAUAUUAUUGUGAUGGAAAAUUUUGGAAAAAAUUAUUAUUUUAACGGCGCUAUUUGAUUAUUAAACGUGCAUUAAUUCUUUUUGUUCUUUUCAGUAAUUACCAUUUCUUCCAUCUUAGAAAUUUAUAAUUACUUUUUUAUUUCUUUUUUGUAUAUUAUAUGGUUGAAUCAUCCUCAAGAGUGCUUUAUUUGGUUCAAUUUAUUUUCUUUUUUUAGGCAAGCAAUAUUUGUGCUAUGCAAAUUGCCUCGCUUUCUAUUAGUAUUAAUCACUUAACAUUGUGUUAUUACCUUUGAACUCCAUGAUUGAUAUCUUACUUAAUUUAAUCACUCUAUCGCAUAAAAUUAGUUGCCUGGCCCAUUUAGCUUGCUCACUCUAACCGUUAGCUUAAGUCCGACCCAGAAAAUAGUACCUAACGGACCAUACUUCAAGUCACAUGGUCCAACAAAACAGGUUUUAGUUUCAAAAUGUCCUCUGUAGCUAGCUUUGGUACUGUCGUCUCGACUCGUCUGUCAUAUUAACAGACUAUAAAAUAUCUUUUAUAUGUUUAGUACUCUUUUAAAAUGAUUAAAUGAAGUUAAUUUUGUAAUUAAUUCAUGAGUACAUUUAAUUUAAUAUAAUUAUAAUAUUAUUUUAAAAUAAUCAGAAGUGGUAUAAAGAUUUUUUAACAUCUACUUUUUUUAUCUUUAUGCUUGGAGUUUUACUUCAUACCUUGAUAAUUACUUAUGUACGGUGCAAUAUGAUAUUCUCUUAACACCUUAUGUUAGGCUAUAAGUUUGAACUAUUAUGUUAUGUAUCAGAUAUUACUGGAUUAAAAGAUGUUUUUGCCAUUGGAGUUUAAUUAUAUGCAAUAAAUAGUUUUCUGUAGUAAUCUUGCCUUCGGAACAUUUGUGUGAUUGAUCUUAACUUUAAAGUAUUGUAUUUCUUUAUAAUGUUAAAAGUAAUUGAGACUUUGAUUGUAAUUGAUAUUCAUAUGUUCAAAUAUAUAAAUAAAUAUGUAACGAUUGUAUU